AUGGGUUCAGUAUCGGAAUUUCCCCGCAUCAAGGAGAUCCGCACCUUCGUCAUUGACGGCGUCGGCUCCGGUGGUGAUUACCACAAUGUCAAAGGAGGCCACUGGCUGAUUGACAGCAACAUUUCUACUCCCAUGACCAAGUGGGCAGAAUACCGAGGCUCGCGUACUUCUUGGGGUAUCAAUGUCUUGGGUUCUUUCUGUGUGGAGAUUGAGGCAACAGAUGGUACCAAGGGCUUCGCAACUGGAUUCGGUGGUCCUCCUGCUUGUUGGCUGGUUCACCAGCACUUUGAGCGCUUCCUGAUUGGCGAAGAUCCCCGCGAUACCAACAACCUCUUUGAGAAGAUGUACCGCGCUUCCAUGUUCUACGGUCGUAAAGGUCUGCCGGUGGCUGCAAUCUCCGUUGUCGAUCUUGCCCUCUGGGAUUUGAUUGGCAAGAUUCGCAAGGAGCCUGUUUACAAGAUGAUUGGUGGUGCGACCCGGUCUCGCCUGGACUUUUACUGCACUGGACCCCAACCUGGCAUUGCCAAGGCAGCAGGUUUCAUCGGUGCCAAGGUGGCUUUGCCUCACGGACCUGAUGAGGGAACCGAGGGCCUGCUCAAGAACGUCGAGUACCUGCGUCAAAUGCGGGCCAGCGUUGGACCAGACUUUCCGCUCCGUGUCGACUGCUACAUGUCUCUUACUGUUUCUUACACCAUUCAGCUUGUCAAGCGCUGUGAGCAAGAGGGAUUGGACAUUGACUGGUGGGAGGAGUGCCUGUCGCCCGAUGACUUCGAUGGUCACGAGUUGCUGAAGCGUGCCCACCCCACUGUGAAGUUCACUACCGGCGAGCACGAGUUCUCCCGCUACGGUUUCCGCAAGCUUGUCGAGGGUCGCAAUCUUGAUAUUAUCCAGCCUGAUGUGAUGUGGCUUGGUGGUCUCACCGAGCUUCUCAAGGUCUCUGCCCUUGCUGCCGCUUACGAUAUUCCCGUCGUCCCCCACGCCUCUGGUCCUUACUCCUACCAUUAUGUUGUUUCUCAAUCCAACUGCCCCUUCCAAGAAUACUUGGCCAACUCACCGGAUGGCAAGUCUGUUCUGCCGGUGUUCGGAAAUCUUUUCUUGAACGAGCCUAUCCCAACCCAGGGCUUCCUUGAUGUCUCAAUUCUAGACAAGCCUGGCUUCGGUCUUGAGCUUAACCCCAACGCUCCUCUGAUCCCAGGCUCCGUCCUGUUGAAUCCUUCACCCCAGAAGAGCCUGCCUGCUCCUGACAAUGAGCAUCUCGCCAAUGGCACCGCCUAA